AUGAGUUAUCACAUUUCCCGAUCAGAAGGAGACGGGAUCUCCUACCCAGUCAGCCGACAGACAUCCUGCAUAGAUGGCUUUUGCCAUAACUAUGCUCUCCGCCGCCAUAAGUACGAACAGAACGCGAACGAAGGAUCCUUUCGCUGUCGCGAUGACUGGAAGAAAUAUAUUGGGCCAAUUGAGUGCUGGGGUGGCUGUAAUCCCUGGGACGGCCAUUUCGCAUCGGUAGUUUUACCGCUGUGCAAGCCUGAGAGGCUAGGACUUGUUUCCUAUGUUUUUGAAUUUGCAUUUCUGUACGAUAAUGUCGUCGAAUCUGCAUCAAAGGUCAUGUUGGAUGAAGGAACCGACAACAUUACCUUGAGCGAAACCGAUCACCGUGCCGUUCGAUCAACCACUGGAACAAAACAGAUACAGUCUAAGAUGUUGUUGAAACUUCUGUCCAUCGACAAGCCAUGCGCUGAAGUUGUGAUCACAUCCUGGAAAGAGAUGGUUGCAACGACCGCCUCUCGGGACAAAUCUUGCAUUUUCGACAACAUCGAAGACUAUGUAAAUUAUCGAAUCUUUGACACUGGUGCUCCACUUGUUGACUCUGUCAUGCGCUUUGGAAUGGGCAUCGUUUUGACCAAGGAAGAGGAGAAUCGCACUGCCUCGAUAGCUAGGUCAUGCUACGCGGCUCUUGGCCUGGCUAAUGACUACUAUUCCUUCGACAUCGAGUGGAAAGAGUUUCAACAAGAAAAGAGCGCCGAAGGAACAUCCACAAUGACAAAUGCCGUGUGGCUUUAUAUACAGUGGGAGGAUCUCUCCAUUGAUGCAGCGAAGGAGAAGGUUCGUCAGGUCGUGCAUAAUUACGAACAGGAAUACCAGAAGAAAAUGAAUGCGUUCAUUGCGGACAAAGAACAAUGCCCUCCGCAUUUGGCUGAGUACUUGAGAGCUCUGGCCUUCCAGAUUCCGGGGAAUAUUGUUUGGAGCCUCCGGUGUCCUCGUUAUCACCCGGAGUCCUCUGUAGAGGGAUACUUCCUCUUAGGAAGCGGUGCCGAUGACAAGGCGAAGGCGGGACAUGAACAGGACACAGAAGGUCUCGUUGCAAACCCGCAGCCUUUCGCCCAAGAGGAUUCAGAUUCUGAGACCAGCGGUCCUUCAUCUACGGGGAGCCCCAAGUUCAACCCAUCGAGCAGGACUUCAGUCGCAUCAUUGGGCCCUCGUGAAGAGCAUAAGCCAAUACCACUGGGCACGGAGCUUCUACUCGCUCCUUUUGAGUACAUCAGCUCUCUUCCCUCAAAAGGGGUCCGUGAGGCUCUUAUCGAUGCAUUGAAUGUCUGGAUGGGGCUUCCUGAACGAACAGUCAAGACAGUGAAGUCGAUAGCACAGAAGCUACACAGCUCCUCUCUUAUGUUGGAUGACAUCGAAGACUCUUCGCCCCUCCGGCGAGGCAAUCCUGCUACGCACACAGUAUUUGGCCCUCCGUCGACUAUUAAAUGCGCAAACUAUAUGUUCAUAGACGCCAUGGAUGAGGUCUGCAAUCUUGAUGAUCCUCAAUGCAUGACUAUACUUAUUGAUGAGCUUCGAAACUUGUUCAUUGGUCAGAGCUUUGACUUGCACUGGACGCGGCAAAGCGAGUGCCCAUCAGAAGAGGAAUAUCUGGAGAUGUUUGCUGUUAACACGCCGUAUUUAGAGACAGGUGGUCUGUUCAGAUUAAUAGCAUCACUGAUGUCACAGAGCACCUCCUCGCUUCAUGAUAGUGCCAUCUCUUCGGAGUUCAUGUCUCUGAUCGGGAAGUACUUCCAAGUCCGCGAUGACUAUAAGAAUUUGAUGGAUGAUGAGUACACAAGCGAGAAAGGAUUUUGCGAAGAUCUAGAUGAAGGGAAAUUUUCGUUCCCACUCGUUCACGCCUGGAACUGCCAACCACCCGACCUCAUACUGCGGGGGAUCCUUCAGGAAAGAAAGGCAUCUGGGUUUUUAUCCGUCCCCCACAAAAAGAUUAUUUUGGAUCGUUUGCGCAAGGCAGGCAGCAUGGAUCAUACCCUGAAGACUCUGAAGAAGCUUGAAUCGGAGAUCAACCGCACCCAAGCUAACAUUGAGAACCAGGCUGGGUGCGAGAACUGGGUGAUGAGGUUACUAAUUUAUAGGCUGAUGGUUUAA